AUGUCCGUGACAACGACUUCCAACGCCCGCGUCACCGAACUGCGACAUGUCCUUGCCGAUUACGACCUCCACCACAGCCAACCUUCCCCAGAGACAGCAGCUCCUGCGCCACCACCAAAUGCACAACCUCAAUUGACCGCAAAUCUGCCAGAUUGGGAGACACAAUGGCGAAGAGUGCCUGCGUAUCGAGCUGUUGAUCCAAGUCUGAUCUACGGAGACAGGAACCAUGUGAACAAUGAGAUUGAGAGGAAUUUUAUUAGGGUGAUGUUUGGUGGGGUGUGGAUGCAGGCGGCCGCGAGCUGGGUGUGUAGGAAGACGAUUGGAAGGUGGAAUGACCAGAUCUUUAGGAUAAGGAUUGGCGGGGAGUGGUAG